UCCGCCGUAGCGAGCGAGGAGCGGAGACACGUACCAAGAAAAAGCAGGUCCCCUCUCCUCUCCGGUCUCUCUCUCUCUCUUCUCAUCUCGUUUGAUCGCGCUUUUCUUGGGAGAUUAUAAAAGUUUGGAUAGGGAUUUGCUAUUUUUGGCAAGCGCGAUUUGAUCGGGGUGUUGUGGAGCGAUGAAUUUUAGGGCCAUGGGUGGAUCCGGCGGAGAGGUGACGGCGCCGCCUCUGACGCGACAGGGAUCGAUCUACGCGCUGACGUUCGACGAGUUCCAGAGCACGCUCGGUGGGAUCGGGAAGGAGUUCGGGUCGAUGAACAUGGAUGAGCUGCUCAAGAACAUCUGGACGGCCGAGGAGGGAUACGCCAUGACCACGGCCCUUGGUGAGGCAAGCGGCGGCUUGGGGUCCGGCAUCCAGCGGCAGGGCUCGCUGACCUUACCCCGAACCCUCAGUCAGAAGACUGUAGACGAGGUGUGGCGUGACGUCGUCGGACCUUAUUCGUCCACCCAGGGGCCUUCCGCGGGCGGCGCGGAAGUCCCACGACAAACCACCCUGGGGGAGAUGACGCUCGAGGAGUUCUUGGUGCGGGCUGGAGUUGUGCGAGAGGAACUGCCGCCGUCGCAGACGCUGCAGAUGCCAGCGGGCAACGGAAGUACCAGCACCAACAUAUGUUUUGGCGAUUUGUCGGCACAAAAAGCUUCUUCCGCUCUUACUCUGGAAUUCAAUCAGGGUUCAAACCGAAGUAAUGGAAACUUGGUGGCUCCAAUUCCUCAAGGUUUAGCUUCCAAUUUGGGGAUGACGAGACUAUAUGAGCCUACCAUGCCGUUGGGAAUUGGUGUGGACUUGGGGAACCCACUGGGGACGGCAAGUGGAGGGCUUGAUGGGUUUAGUCAUGCCAGCUUGCGCAACAGAAUGACCGGGAUGGCUGGCCUUGGUACCGCAGGAGUCGCAAAGGCAACAGGAUCGCCCAUGAAUCCUUUGCCCUCUGAUGGAAUUGAUAAGGGAAAUGGGGAUAUGUCUUCUGUAUCACCUGUUCCGUAUGUGUUCAGUGGCGGGGUGAGGGGAAGGAAGUCCAGUGGGGCUAUCGAAAAAGUUGUGGAGAGGAGACAAAGGAGGAUGAUCAAAAACAGGGAAUCAGCUGCUAGAUCUCGGGCACGGAAGCAGGCUUAUACUAUGGAAUUGGAAGCAGAAAUAGCAAAACUGAAAGAGCAAAACCAAGAAUUGCAGGAAAAACAGGCUGAGAUGAUGGAGAUACAGAAGAACCAGAUAUUGCAGAUGAUGAACCAGCAAAAUGAACCAAAGAAACGCUGCUUGAGGAGGACACAAACAGGUCCAUGGUAGAACAUGGUAUUCCGCUGAAAAUUGUAUCAGUAUAUGUCAUACUUUAGCUUGUAGGGUAUUUGUGUAUAUUGGCAUGGAGUUGGUCAAAAAUGAUUUCACUAAACCGUUUCUUAUGUUAUGUUGUAGAUCUAUUCUUUGGUGGCACUAUUUUCCGCCAAUUAAUGUGCUUCAGUUUAUUUGUUUUUAAAGAAAACAAGAGGUUGUAUCGCUGUCAAA